CAGACCACCUUCACAGAUCUUGAGGAAUUGGGCAAUAGCCGAAUGUGCACUUGAAGCUCCAAUUGAUAUCUGUGGCAGUCUUCCCCUGGAUAUCCAAGAUGGCCACCAAUGUUGCCCUCGAUACCUCUAUGGGCACCAUCGUCCUGGAGCUCUACACCAACCACGCGCCCCGGACGUGCCGCAACUUCGCCACGCUCGCGCAGCGCGGCUACUACGACGACACGGUCUUCCACCGCGUGAUCCCGGGCUUCAUGGUGCAGGGCGGCGACCCGACGGGCACGGGCCGCGGCGGCUCGAGCAUCUACGGCGACAAGUUCGCCGACGAGAUCGACCCGUCGCUCCGGCACGCCGGCGCCGGCGUGCUCAGCAUGGCCAACGCUGGGCCCGACACCAACGGCAGCCAGUUCUUCCUCACCCUGGCCCCCACCCCCUGGCUCGACGGGAAGCACACCAUCUUCGGCCGCGUCAGGAACGGCAUGUCCGUGGUCAAGAGGCUGGGCCUCGUCAGGACUGGCGCCGACGAUAGGCCCGCCGAGGAGGUCAAGAUUAUCAAGGCGAGGGUGUUGGAGGGGGAGGAGGGGGCGUGAAAAAGGUGGGGAGAUGAAAAAAAGAAAAAAGAAGGUGGGGGGGAGAGGAAUAGGCUUCGUCUAGUAGUGAGAUGGAACGGCGCAUGCACGGCGUUACGGGCGUUCACAAGCGGGUGUCUAUACGGGAUGGCAAAGUCGAGAGCAGGUCGACGAGAGCUUGGGACAUAGAACGUGUUCUAUUUGUAUUCCCAUCAUAUACAGACUGAUCGCUAUGCCGCAGCGACCUUGAAAGUAGCUCCCAAAAAGUCGAUGCCGAAUGAAAGGCGGGGGCGUGUUCGUGGGGUGUCUGAUACAGAACUCCAAUGCCGAGAAUCGCAACGCCCUAGAAACCUACCAUCCAGGGAUGCAGUGACCACCAUGACCCCCCAAAUCAAAUGCAAAGAGGUUUAAC